AUGGCUAGAACGAUCGUCAUCCUCGGUGCCAAUUAUACUGGUGUCCCUAUAGCCCACUAUCUCCUUAAGCACACGGCGGCCAACGUGAAAGACCUGAAGGUGGUAGUUGUCGCGCCGAACACGCACAUGUACUGGUUCGUGGCCUCGGUGCGCGGCAUACUGCCCAACAUGCUGGCCGACGACCACCUCUUCCUCCCUCUUGCUCCGGAGUUUGCCAAAUACCCGUCUGACAAGUAUGAACUUGUCCUGGGGAAAGCUGAGAGGGUGGACCCGACUAGCAGCAUUGUGGAAGUGCGCAUAAACGAUGGCUCAGCCCGGACGAUCAGAUACGACGAUCUCGUCAUCGCCACCGGCAGCAGCUUCAAGAACGACAUGCCCUUCAAGAACCUCUCCAGCACCGACGACACGAAAAGAACCCUCCACGAGUGGGCCCAACGCAUCAGCGAGGCCAAAUCCAUCGUUGUUGCGGGCGGGGGCCUCACAGGGGUUGAACUCGCCGGCGAGCUCGGACAAGAGUACGCCUCGACGGGCAAGAAAGAAAUCACCCUCAUCUGCGACAAAGAUCUGCCGCUCGAGCCCAGGCUCAGGCGCGACGUGCGCGAGACGGCCAAAAAUGAACUUGAGCGCUUCAAGGUCAAGGUCAUCACCAACGCGCGGGCAUCAUCCUCCCCGUCGAGCAACAUCAUCACCCUGACCCCGACCAAGUCCUCGCCAUCCACCUCCGAGAAGGCUGCGGCCAAGAUCCCCCGCACGCUCUCGGCAGACCUCUUCAUCCCGGCCUUCGGCACGAUCCCAAACACCUCAUUCCUCCCCGCCAGCAUGCUAGACGACCGGGGCCAUGUCAAAACAACGCCGACGCUCCGGGCUCAGGGGCACGACAACAUCUUCGUGGUGGGCGACGCAGGCAACCUGCAGGUGACGCAGGGCGUCUACGCCGACGCGCAGGCCGUGUACCUGGCCAAGCUGCUGGACGCGCGCGCGCUGGGCAACGGCAGGGAGGCACAGCUGCCGCCGUACAAGCCCGAUGACAAAAUCAUGGUCGGGGUCAGCCUGGGGAAGAAUUCAGGGGUCGGCCAGAUGGGCGGGUGGAAGCUCUGGGGCUGGAUGAUUGCCAUGUUCAAGAGCAAGAAGCUGGGCACGCAGUAUUUCCCGGCGUUUGUCAGGGGGGAUAGGACUAUUCUUGUCAAGAAGAACUGGUAA